AUAUAAACGUUAAAUGUAAACAAUAUCGUAUAUUCGAAGCUUUGUCGGAAAUAUUACUGAGCUCUCGAUAGGAUUUAUGGAUCGAGGAAAAUUUUUCUUUUCGCGACGAUGAUUGCCAUGAAGAUCUGUAAAUACGUGACAUAUAUGCAACAUGUUUUUCAAAGAGGAAAAACUGUUCGCAGAUUGAAAAUCAUGUAGCGAAGAUGCGAUUCUCCGUAGCGACAAUCAGGAAGAUACAAGAUGUUUUCAUUUCGGAAAUGAACAAGGGAAUUCAUCAGCAACCGUCCUCGCUACAGAUGGAGAAUACCUAUAUACCGGAACUACUCGAUGGAACAGAAGAAGGUCUCUACUUGGCACUCGAUCUCGGCGGCACUAAUUUUCGCGUACUCCUGUUGGAACUGGCCCAUGGUGCUCCUGUACGACAAGAGGUGAAGCGAUAUUACAUCAGUUCGGAAUUAAGAGUCGGCUCAGCAAUCCCUCUAUUUGACUAUUUGGCUGAGUGUGUCAGUGAUUUCGUCAUUUCUCAGGGUCUUCAGGACGUGGAGCUUCCUCUCGGUUUUACCUUCUCGUUCCCGAUGGUUCAACACUCACUGGACGUCGGUAUUCUGGUGACAUGGACUAAAACUUUUAACUGUUCCGAUGCUGUAAAUAAGGACGCUGUGAGGCUUCUGCGAGAGGCUUUGGAUCGACGAGGCGAUACGAAGGUAAAGGUUGUAGCCGUUUUGAACGAUACUACAGGUACUUUGGUGCAAGGAUCGACGCUGGAUCCUGAUACAGCGAUCGGACUUAUCCUGGGAACUGGCAGUAACGCUUGUUACUUGGAACGUGCAGAUCGGGUCGAGCAUUGGGAGACGGAGAGGCAUGGUGAGAGAGAAGUUAUCAUUGAUAUCGAAUGGGGCGCCUUCGGCGAUAACGGUGUCUUGGACUUCAUCAAGACGGAUUUUGAUCGCGAGAAUGACGCAAAUUCUCUUAUCGUGAAUUCAUUUACAUUUGAAAAAUACAUUGCUGGCAAAUAUCUUGGUGAAGUGGUACGCGUGAUACUUGCGAGGUUGACCAAAGAGGGGCUUUUGUUUGUAGGAGAAUCUACAUCAGAGAGUCUGUUAACACCCGGCAGUCUUACAACCGAUCUGGUGUCGCACAUCGAGCAAGACUCAGUGGAUGGCGAUGACAGCAAUACGAAGGAGAUCCUUGGAAAAUUCGGCAUCAUUCCAGAUGAAGAUGACAUCAGAAUCGUUCAAUAUGUGUGCGAGGUCGCCUCUAAUCGCGCAGCACUUCUAGUUUCGAUAUGUCUUGCAACUUUGCUUGAUCGUAUCGAUAAAGAACGAAUAACGAUUGCCGUUGAUGGAUCUCUCUAUAAGCAUCAUCCUCGAUUAGAAGGUUGGAUGAAGCAAUACAUCUCGCUUCUCGCUCCAGGACGAAAGUUUAAAUUAAUCCACGCCGAAGAUGGAAGUGGCAAGGGUGCCGCACUUGUCUCAGCUAUUGCACAAAGACUCAAGAAGCGAUUACAAUAACUGAAGAAACUAGAAGCGUCCUCUUGUCGUUGCAGUCGUCGUCGUUAUCAUGGCACAACACUACGCAAAUUGUCAACAGCCGUAGAAAUAUUCCAUCAGGUUCUAAUUCAAUACCGUUAUAACUUCUCGAUAGUAUCCACGAAUAUAUUACAAUUCUUAAAUUGAAUUCUAAUGGUUGCACGCGUUUCGAUUAAUAUUAAUCUAGACAUCACAAAUUUAUGCGUUCUAUCAAUCUUACGAUUGAAGUAAGAUGUCACAUCCAUAAAGAUAUUGAUCGACCGGUCAAUGGGAAAUGCGUGUUACUUUAAGGAAACAAAUAUACAUCUGUCGAAUACGUAAGAAAACUGUGAGAGAACGGAUUAUCGAGAGUAAAAUGAGAAAUGAUAUUAUUUAUUGAACGGAACUGUGCAAUGGGAACAUAUGCAUUUGAGAGGCAAAAAGUUGUUGAACAUUGUGAACAUUUCGAAACGUUCCUUUUUUUGUACGAAAUAAACCAAGUUGUUAUAAUAAAAUGUUAACAAAACAUUGAUUUAUUUAAA